CUUAAUCCUGCAGUCACAGAGGAAUAAUGCCCAGGUUACACAGAAUAGGAAGGAGUCCUGAUGGAAUGUGCCUUAUCCCUGUGUUUAUCUGGGUCACAGCUUGGUUGAGUAACCCCUGAUUAAAAGCACUCUCACUGAGGAGAGCUUGGAGCCCUGCCAUGCAGGGCUGGUAAGAGGCAGUGCUUUGGGGAGGAGACAAAAACAUUAUGUAAAUGGAUAUUUCACCACAGCAUCUAUAUUUUCAAAGUAAAUUUUCAAUGGGAAAACUUCAAGUUUUGGAAAUGUGUGUAGCAAGGGAUGAUGAAUACAGCCUCUCUCGGCACAACCAUCCAUUUAAAUUUAUAAACUGGAUACCACCUUGUUCGUGCCCUGGCUUUGUCUAUGCUGUCAGUGGCACUUUGAACUGGAGACAGUACUGCUCUCAAUCUGUGUAGCCAGAGUGAGCUCUGGAUUUUCAGGGGAUGUGUACAGCACUAUCAAAGGGAAGGUAUACAAAGAGCCCCCUGAUAAUAUUCCCUAUGGUAAAGCAAUUGUCCUCCUCAGGUCUCAGAUGAGUUCUGAGGCUUUUAUAUCCCCUCUUAAAAUGAGUGAAUUACCCAGCCUGUGGUCAGGAAGACUGAGGAGGAGCUGUGGCACUGAACACAAUCUCAAAUUAAAUCCCAGAGGAGUUGUUGGCCUCCACAGAGGGGAUGAUUAUUCAAGAUCCCCAAAUCCAGCCCUGUACAAGGUGUGGGUCAGAGCCCUUCUGCAAGUGCCACUUGCCCCAGCAAAGUGGGAACACCAGAAGACACAGAAGUUGCUGUCUGAUCCCAUCCCUGGUUCUGACCCUUCUGAACCUACUGGUUCAUUCCCACCUGAGCCCAGAAUGCAGUGGCAGAGACACAGCUCCAGAAAAGUGGUGUCUCUUUGUAGUGUAUGGAUCAAAUCCUCCAGGCUGUGGAGUCUACCCAGAGGGGAGAGACCCAUUCCCACUAUCUGACCCCUCUGACUGUGCCAGCCAGUGCUCUGUGCGCAGCUGCCAGCUCUCUGUGGUGAUGUCUGAGGCUGCUGUAGUUUAUCAGCAUGCCAAAGAGAUUUACCUCUGCUUUAUGGGCUGGCAGGAUAUUUACUCCCAGAGGUUCUGCAGCAACCAUCUCCAGUAGGGUAUUUCUUUGACACUUUGCCCACUUAUCUGUGAUUACAGACCUGUGCUGGUCUUCAUUUUGCGUAUUUGGUCCUUCACCCAUCCAGGGCCCAUGCCCUGAUGGUACCAGCCAUCUCUUGUGGGACCAGGAGCUCCUGUGCUUGUCCAACACAUAACACAACUGGUGUCUAACACUAACUGGAGUGCUGAGGGCUAUUUUACAGUGCAGGGGACAAUUAACAGUAAGAUCACACAGUUAGAAAUCAAAGGUGUGCAGUCUGAGGAUUACAAAAAAGAAAUCUGACUGAGCUUUCUCACACACAUGCUUUUUUCUAGCACCAUACUCAGCUUCACAAACUCUCUAUUCCUGUAUCCAAAGUAAUCCUUACUACCAGUACUGUUGCAGGCAGCAAUUGCAAAGUGAGUCCCUAAUUCUUUGUAAGAGACUGGCAAAGUGAAGUCCUGAAGCAAAUGACAAAAUCUGCAUUUUUAAAAAAUCAGGAUUUAAUUUCUCCUCUGAACUGCACUACAGAUCUCCCAGCGUGUCUCUACCACUACCUAAAGACAUUUUGUGUGAAAUAUUGCACAGGGUGCAGCCACAUAUACUGGAAGUGGCUGGGUCAGAAAGGCCCAGAGUCUUGUGUUCACAUCUGUGAACCAAGGGAGGAAAUGCAGAUUCCUCUCCAGACUCCUUAGUAUGCCGGAGUCCACAUGCUCCUCAGCUUACAGAUGUGUCCUAAUGCUUCAUCAAUGGACUUUUGCAGCAUUAUCUCUGUUCGUGUGUUCACACGUGUCCAGACAAUUUCUUUGGACCACACAGCCAUUAGUUAAAGAAGCAAGAGGCUGAUAAGGCCGGCAGGCGAGGAGGGCAUUGUGCUGACCCUUGCCAGAGUAGCCAUUGCUUCUCGGGAGAUAAGCGUCCCCCAGCCCAUGAGGGGCCCUCUGGAGUGACCAAUGAGUGUGGACAGGCACCAAGCUCUGCUCCCCCCUUCCCCUUUAUAACCAGGGCUGCCAUGGUGCUGAGUCCAAACCUGCUGUGAGCGGUCACUGCAAGGGGACAGAGCCAGCACCUCCUGCACAAUGACGCUGACCCAAGCCGACAAAGCCGCCGUGGUCACCAUCUGGGCCAAGGUGGCUGCCCAAGCUGAUGCCAUUGGGGCAGAAUCACUGGAGAGGCUUUUCUUCAGCUAUCCCCAGACAAAAACCUACUUCCCUCACUUCGAUCUGAGCCAAGGCUCAGCUCAGCUCCGUGGCCAUGGCUCCAAGGUCAUGAGUGCCAUCGGGGAAGCUGUGAAGAACAUCGAUGACAUCCGACGGGCUCUGGCCAAGCUCAGCGAGCUGCACGCUUACAUCCUCAGGGUGGACCCCGUGAACUUCAAGCUGCUUUCCCACUGUAUCCUGUGCUCCAUGGCUGCUCACUAUCCCAAUGACUUCAGCCCAGAAGUUCAUGCUGCGUGGGACAAGUUCCUGUCCAGUGUUUCCUCUGUUCUGACAGAGAAGUACAGAUAAAUUACCCCAACAGAGGGUGAGGGAGGCCCAUCCACAGCCCAGCCCUGCUGCAAGGCUCUGGGGUAUCACCCUCUUUAAAUCCCCGCUGCAGGGGCUCAGUCAUC